CAAUCGAAAAAGGGGACCCUGAGUGUGGUCAGCCAAUAGGGAUGAGGGGUCUGGGUAUAAAUGCUUAAGCCCAUCAGCUGGCAAAGUUGGGCAACCCUUAAAGUUGGUGAACAGGAUCUGAUCCCAGGAUCUGUAACCCUUUCUUUUCUCCAAAGCAGGCGGAGUAAGAAUCGCAGCCAUGGCAAAGAACUGCCACAAUGACCUGAAGAUGAAGUUCUCUGUGGACGAGGAGUUCCCCGAUCUCUCUCUCCACAACAACCACAUGGCCAAGGUGCUGACCAAGGAAAUCUACAGCAAGCUGAGGGGAAAGUCCACCCCCAGCGGCUUCACCGUGGAUGACGUCAUCCAGACCGGUGUUGACAACCCUGGUCACCCCUUCAUCAUGACUGUCGGCUGCGUUGCCGGUGAUGAGGAGUGCUACGAGAUCUUCAAGGAUCUGUUGGACCCCAUCAUCUCCGACCGUCACAGUGGCUACAAGCCCACCGACAAGCACAAGACCGACCUGAACUUCGAGAACCUGAAGGGAGGUGACGACCUGGACCCCAACUACGUGCUGUCCAGCCGUGUCCGUACUGGCCGCAGCAUCAAGGGAUUCACCCUGCCCCCCCACAACAGCCGUGGAGAGCGCAGAGGAAUUGAGAAACUGUCCAUUGAGGCCCUGGCCAACCUGGACGGUGAGCUGAAGGGAAAGUACUACCCCCUGUGCGGCAUGACCGAUGCCGAGCAGGAGCAGCUGAUCGCUGAUCACUUCCUCUUCGACAAGCCUGUGUCCCCCCUGCUGACCUGCGCCGGAAUGGCCCGUGACUGGCCCGACGGCAGAGGCAUCUGGCACAACGACAACAAGACCUUCCUGGUCUGGGUGAACGAGGAGGAUCACCUGCGUGUCAUCUCCAUGCAAAAGGGAGGCAACAUGAAGGAGGUCUUCAGACGCUUCUGCACUGGCCUGCAGAAGAUUGAGGAGAUCUUCAAGAAGCACAACCACGGCUUCAUGUGGAACGAGCAUCUGGGCUACAUCCUGACCUGCCCCUCCAACCUGGGAACCGGCCUGCGCGGUGGCGUGCACGUCAAGCUGCCCAAGCUCAGCACACAUGCCAAGUUUGAGGAGAUCCUGACCAGGCUGCGUCUGCAGAAGCGCGGCACAGGUGGUGUGGACACAGCCUCCGUGGGUGGCGUGUUCGACAUCUCCAACGCUGACCGUCUGGGCUCCUCCGAGGUGGAUCAGGUCCAGCUGGUGGUCGAUGGUGUCAAGCUGAUGGUUGAGAUGGAGAAGAAGCUCGAGAAGGGAGAGGCCAUCGAUGGCAUGAUCCCCGCCCAGAAGUAAAGUGGACAGACAUCCAAUGACUGAGUGACUGUCUGUGUUUGGUUUUUUUUUAUUUUAUAAAAAAAAUGAAUGGGUAGCCCUUGUUGUAAAGUUAUCUCACCGGUCUCGGCCGACUGGCUACUUCCUGAUUAAGAAGACACUCCACUUUUCUCUCUGCUAUCUUUACUGAACUUCUGUUCUUCAUCUUUUCUAUCCCCUGCUUUCACUUUAUUUUCCUCUUUCUCACUUCCUGUCACUUUAAACAUCUCUUCCCAACAUCUCUGUAACAUCCUGGGAUCAAUCCAUGCAUAGUCUGGUCAUGGCUAUGUAAAGUACCGAAAGUCUUUUUUUUUUGGUUGUAAUAUAUAUCUGGACAAUUAAAAACUAUGCCCCAUGUAACAAUCAAA